UUGCAAUCCUCAAAACACCUUUUACGCCCAAUUUGUUUUCCCUUCAAAUCUCUAUCUGCCAUUCGUUUUUCUAUUCAAAUCUCUUAUGUUUUUUUUAAAAAAUCUUUCGUUUGGACCGAUGUUUGUAGCCUCUAAAUCUCACUCUACCGUCCUUAUUUCAUAUUCUUUUGGAUUUUUUUUUUCCGAUCUAGGUCCAUUUUUCUGUUGGCGGCUGGCUCGACCGGGAACGCGUGAACGACGGUGCAAUUUUUGUCACCUAUGGACCGAUGUAUCAAAUCUAGACGGCGUGGAGUCUAUGGACUCAAAGAGGAGCCGAUUCCGAUGUCGAUGCUAUUUCUUAGGGGACGGUGCGAGCGAUGGAGGACGACGAGAGCGACGGGGAAUACGCGGGUGACGGGAGACUUCGCGGUCGACGGGGAUGACGCCGACAACGGGGAUGGCGCGGGCAACGGGAGAUGGGGCACACAGAGAGAUUCUGCAUGGAGGCCAGCUGGCAGAGCCGAACAUGCUCCCGCGUCUGUGUGUGAUUGUGACUCCGGCUAUGGCGGGAUGCUCCGGUAG